UUAGCAAAUCUUUAAUUAUUUACUGUGCUAAUUUUAUUUGGUGCAUUUCUUUUAUGUGACAUAGGUUGGUGACCUUACAUAUCUUGGCUUUUGGCCAUAAAUGAUAAUCCAAAACAUAUACCUCAAGUUAAGGAAUUACAGAGCAUAAGUAUUUCAUAAUUGCAUAUCAAGAAACCUUGGCCUCAUGGCAAUUGUACCUGCACUAGUUUAUUUUCUCCUUUCUUCAUCAGCUUUUUCAGCUAAAGCUAUUGGCAUUCCCGCUGCCUCCACCACCACGAGGCCGAGAAAGCUGGUGGCGAAGCUAAUUCACCGAGAUUCUGUUCUACAUCCAUGCCACAACCCAAACGAAACCAUAAGCGAUCGUGCUGAACGUGCUAUCAGAGGUUCAAACUCGCGCUUGGCGUACUUGCAGGCAAAGAUGAAAGAAGCAACUUUCAGUGAAGAUAUACAAACUGUGGAGGAUGAUAUACGGGCAAGUGUUAUUCCCGAUGAGGGUACCAUAUUCCUUGCCAACUUCUCCAUUGGAGAACCCCCUGUUGUGCAGCUUGUAGGUGUUGAUACUGGAAGCAGUCUUCUAUGGAUACAAUGCCUACCUUGCACCAACUGUUUGCAUCGACCUGCACCAAUCUUUGACCCUGCCAAGUCCAAAACAUUUGCUAACUUAUCAUGUAAUAGUACUCUUUGCAACAAUCUUAAGCGUUGCCAAUGCGACCAAUUUAACCAUGCCUCAUUCAAAAUAGAGUAUGAAGAUGGAAGCAACACAAAUGGAACCAUUGCUCGUGAACAACUUGUCUUUGAGACGUCUGAUGAAGGUAUAGUAAUUUUGCCCAAUGUAACAUUUGGUUGCGGUCACAAUAUUCAAACCAGACAAAGUGGAGGAAAUUGGACUGGAGUCAUGGGACUAGGGACUGGAAUAGCAUCUUUGGCCAGACAAUUUGGCAGCAAAUUCUCUUAUUGCCUUGGCAACAUAAGUGAUCCUUUCUACAACUAUAACCACUUAAUUUUGGGAGAGGGGGCAGAACUUGAAGGCUAUUCAACCCCUUUUGAAACUUUUGAUGGGCAUUAUUAUGUUACUCUAGAGGGCAUUAGUAUAGGGGAGAAAAAGCUUGAGAUAGAUCCUGAUGUAUUUGCAAGGACGAGUGAUGGCGGUGGGGUGCUCAUUGACAGUGGAAGUACGGAUACAACACUAGCCUAUGAGGCUUUUACAUCACUCGCCUACGAAAUAAGCAGUUUCAUGGAUGGCAUACUGACCAGAAGUAGAGACGAGGAUAGGAGGUGGGAGUUGUGCUACAAUGGAGUUGUGACUCGAGAUUUAGUGGGUUUUCCAGUUGUUACGUUCCACUUUGCAGGGGGAGCAGAGUUGGUGCUGGACCCUGAAAGCUUGUUUCAUCAGAGAACAGAGGAUAGAUUUUGCAUGGCUGUGGACCCUGACAGUCUAGGCAACGACUACGUUGUCACUCCUACCAAUAUCAUUGGAGUAAUGGCUCAACAAAACUAUAAUGUGGCUUAUGACCUUGAUAAAAAGCUGAUAUAUUUCCAGAGGAUAGACUGCGAGCUUUUGAUUGAUUAGCUGAUGCCUCUGGUGAUCUUAUAGAAAGCCAGAAUUUUUACUUUUACAUUGGUGCUCUUUUUUAUUUUUCAUCAUCAGCUCAAGUACCCAUAUUGGAUGAAGCAUAUCUACAUACACAUGAAGUGCAAAGAGACAUCAAUGGUAUUAUGUAACAUUUUGACCAAAUAUUCAACAUGCAUGCCAAAGUGUUCCUUCCCAACAUAUUAUGUAAUAACUCUAGUUACUCAGCACAAAAGGCUGACACCAAACCAAAAGAAAAGGUUUAAACUGUUAAAUGUUCAUAAAACUGGUUGUCUGUAAACCAAAUUUAAGUCAACCAUUUUCUUCAAAAACUGCCUUGAUCAGUAUCAUAUACACGGAUGCUUAUAUCUAACCUCAGUAGCCGUAUUCAGUAUCCACCAUACCCUUAUUGCAGAACACACUUAUAAUACAAUUAAUUGUUGUAACCAACUGAAGAAAUUGAUGUUAUUCUUAAAAAUAAAAGAGUUGGGCUUACGCCAAACCUAAACAAAACCCAAAAAUCUGGGAUUGGGCUGGCGGCCCUGAUUUCCAUAUUGAACGGUGGUAGGUUAACAAUAUUGGCACAUUACAAUAAA